AUGGACACGAAGAUGACCAGGCGAUCUAUCCGUAUCUUAGCUCGUACUACGAGCCCCAGUUAUAUGAGGGAAAGCCCAACCUGGUCCGGCCGAAUGGAGAUGGUCACGAAGGGCACGUCGACCUUCGUGACCCAUGACCAGCGGCACAAAACACCUGGUGACGACUAUUCCUACUGGCGUCCAGUCACCGAAUGGGAGAAUCCGAUAUGGGGCUGGGUCGUGCUCAACUACGUGGACAACGGGAUCCAGAUAUUCCUACCAGAUGGGACGUUCUAUCGCGAAGUGCGGUUGACCGCGCCCAAUGCACCUCAAUAUGCGUCUGCCAGUGCGAAAUGGCUGCCAUUCCCACCCCCAGAGCCGAUUCCCCAGAACGAACAGAUAGACCGGCUGAUCAAGAAGCUCACCAACGACCGGGCGUACCUUCAAGCUUUCCUGGCUAUGGCAAACGAAUCCCAGGCCCAGUCGUCGUCGUCUUCUGCACCAAGUGCGUAUGCUGGCUUCCUCACCUCCCUUGUCGGCCGACCUCUGGCGCUUGUCAAUGCCGGUUGGUCGCUCGAGUUAUCCAUCGACGAAAAGAAAAACCAGGCGCUGUCGGGGGCUGAACGGCAGGCAGUCUAUCUACUACCGGGCCCUGGCAAAACCUGCUACGAUUUUCCCAUCAAACUGGGCGACAAGGACCGGGCCAGCGACGGGCUGGUGGGCUACUUCCAUCUACACGACACCGGUGAGAACGAAGAGCUGAAACCCGGAGACGAGCUAGACCUGAGCUCGAUCUACACGUACUACGUCGGGGAAGACAAGAGUGGCAAGCUGAAGGACAUUUCCGAUCCCAAUGCAAAUCCGCCACCCAAAGUGACAUCUUUCUGGCUGGCGCCCAAAAACUACAUGGGCGACGACGAAGAAACCUUGAUGAAGAAGGCUAAGCUCUACGCCCGCAACUGGAACCAGAAACUGAAGGUGUUCGGCGCCAUCAUCGACCCGUUCCUACCUAUCACUACCUUCAGCAGUAUUCUGCCCAUGAACAACCUCCAGCUACCACCCUGGACUUGGCAGCAGGCCAUGCAGAAAAUGACUGCGUUCUUUCACCUCGGUCCCAUGGUGGUCACUGCGGACGUCGAGAAAUACCAUAAGAAUACCGAAGACAGCAAGCCUCUGCUCCCAGAUUACCAGCUUGACCCGACCCGUGAUCCCACCGUCAAAAACAGUGCGGUCGGGCUACCUGCACUACGAACGGGAAACUGGGCCUGGCUGCAGCCUUUCCUCAAGGAUUCGGGCCCAGAACAGGAAUACAAGGCAUUGGGACUGGGCAAAGUGGAUUCUGCACCGGGGUAUGAGCCAGGGCCGUACACGGCGUUGGAGGGGUAUCUGCAGCUUAAGCAGCCGAUCGUACGCCCUGAUGUGAACGAGAAGGAGGGUCCAGCAUGA